UCCGUCCCGCUGCCGAGUUCAGUUCAACCUGCGCGCGUCUGACGGCAAACGCAACACUUCUGAUUGGCCAAUCCGGAAAAUGUAGACACGCUCCACUGCUACACAAUGAUCCGUUGAGCUGAUUGGUCUCCAGCGUUUCCCUAUAUUUACUUUACAUUUGAAAGUAACUGGAAAUUAAGGUCUCAGACAGGUCGGAAUGGGGAAUCUGAUUAAGGUUCUCACCCGAGACAUCGACAACAAUGCAGGGAACUUUUUCCUGGACUUUGAAAAUGCCAAGCCCACAGAGGCUGAGAGGAGAGAAUGGGAGGAGGUCAAUAAAGUACUAACAGAGGCUGUGACCAUACUACAGGACCUGCAGUCUUACAGUGGAGCAGGUGAAGCCAUUAGGCAGGCCAUACAGCAUCCGAGUGACGAGCAUGUGCAGGAAGGGGCGUGGGCCGCUGUGGUCCCACUGGUGGGCAAACUAAAGAAGUUUUAUGAGUUCUCACUAAAAUUGGAGGAUUCUCUGCAAGGCUUGUUGGAGUUCCUCACCAGCUCACGCUGCAGUCCCACUCAGCAUCUGGAGCAGGAGCAGGCUCUGGCACGGCAGUUUGCUGAGAUUUUACAUUUCACACUGCGCUUCGAUGAGCUAAAGAUGACCAACCCAGCCAUCCAGAAUGACUUCAGCUACUAUAGAAGAACCCUGAGUCGCAUGCGCAUCAUCAACCAAGCCCCAGAGGAGCACAAUGAGGUUGACAACGAACUGGCCAAUCGCAUGUCUCUCUUCUACGCCAACGCCACGCCCAUGUUGAAAACGUUAAGCGAUGCCACAACAAAAUUUGUAUCAAAGCAUGCAGAACUACCCAUAGAGAACACAACAGAUUGCCUGAGUACAAUGGCAAGUGUGUGUAAAGUCAUGUUAGAGACACCGGAGUACCGCACUCGUUUUGCCAGUGAGGACAAUGUUUUAUUCUGUCUGCGUGUGAUGGUGGGGGUUAUCAUCCUGUACGACUAUGUCCAUCCUGCUGGAGCCUUUGUAAAAUCCUCCAAAAUCGAUAUGAAAGGAUGCAUUAAGGUGCUGCGAUUUCAGCCACCCAACAGUGUGGAGGGGCUCCUUAAUGCCCUCAGGUACACAACAAGACAUUUGAAUGAUGAGUCUACCUCCAAGCAAAUCAAAAACAUGUUACAAGCUUGACUGUCUGCCAAAAGUAUUGCCCCCCCCAAUAAUACAUUUGACCAGACGCUUUAGCAUUUUUUUGUAAUACAGUGUGCAUAGCCAUGUAUCAUGUGGCAACUCAAGUCUGUUUUGUAAUGUAGUAGUUUAAUUGUUUUAUGUCUCACUCUGUUAGACUGUAAGUCUUGUGUGGCCUUUAGAUUUCAACGAAGCUUCUUUGUUUUGGGGCCAUCCAACAAAAAUUAUCUUGUUUUAUUCCCUUCCCAGACAGGAACACAAAUUUUGGUCCAUUUCCACAAUUUUUACUGUGACUUUUUAUUAACAUGACUCUUUUAAACUGAAUAAAGCUAUUUU